AUGGAAAUUGACAUUUCUGGUCUCAGGAACAAGGCAUUAUACGAAAUCGCAUACUGGUUCUACAGUGAAAAGUCCCUAAUCAGAAACACCUCGAUUGCAAAGAUGAGGCUUAAAGAGAUCACUGAUAAUUUGUCAUUGAGAUACCAAACCAGGGCUGCAAAAGGACAACAGACCCAGCAUUUACUAUUCGUUGGUGCUCCUGCACAAAGAGACGAGCAAAAAAAGAAAGAAGAAGGCCAGCAUGACACCACGUCCACCAAACGCAUUCAUUCUGUACCGCAAGAGCAAGCAACAGUUGGUGCUCAAUGUGCAUGGGAAGAUCAGCAACAACGAAAUAUCAAAAAAGAUCAGUAA